AUGCGCGAUCUAUCGAAGUCAUCAACCGACACUAUCGAUGAAUCUGCUCGGAUCUUCUGGAGAAAUCAUGAGAAGGAUUUCCCUAUUCUUGCAAGCAUUACCCGUGAUGUGAUGUCUAUUCCAGCGACUGGUGCCGGAGUUGAGCGUCUUUUCAACUCUGCUCGUGACGUUUGCCACUACCGCCGGGGUUCGUUGAACCCAGAAACUGUUCGCGAUAUCAUGUUAUAUUUGUGCACAACAAGGUUCGAUAUCAAGGAGGAGCAGCGGCUGAUCCUCCAGGAGUAUCUUUCAGAGCAAGAGAUCGCCGCUACGUCUGAAGAACUCGACAUCGAGACACAUUGCUCCGAGGCUAUCAGUGAUACUGAGGAAGACAUCGAGUUGCACCUUGAUACACCGGCCGCACCACCACUCUCAGAGGUCGCCGCUGGAAAGCGGCCGGCGGCCACUUUUGAUAAUGAAGAAGACUCUAACGCCGAUGAAUUUGCGGAUCCAGAAGAGAACUCGGUAUCACCUUUACAUGAUACGCAGCAUCGUGUAUCAGAAAGUGAAGGACCCCUUUACGAAUCCGUUUCUUUUAUCGAACAAAACGAAAUCGAAACUCUCACUCGGAUUGCAACAGAGCAAUCACGUCGACAAUCUGUUAUUUUCCCUCAUCGUCUUGGAUCCGUUGCCGAACAUGAUCCCUCACUCAAUCCUCAGUCUCCGAAGUUCAACUUGCAAAAAUGGCUGACUAUUGUCAUGACCGAUGCUGGCAGGGAUGGUCGAAAGGGACAUAAUAUGGGCAUUGUUUUCAAGAAUUUGAAUGUCUAUGGAUCCGGCGCUGCUCUGCAAUUCCAGGAGACUGUGUCGUCGCUGCUGAUUUCGCCCCUUCGAUUACUACAGACAAUCCGUAAAUCCCAUGUCCCAAAGAGGCGGAUUAUCAAAGACUUCUCUGGUCUUCUCAAGAAAGGUGAAUUGCUCCUCGUGCUGGGUCGGCCCGGUGCGGGAUGCAGAAUUCCCCAGUCGCGUAUGGUCAAAGAGUUUAAGGGCGAGGUUGUAUACAACCAAGAGGUUGACCGACAUUUUCCCCACCUUACAGUCGGACAGACUUUGGAAUUUGCCGCCGCUACGCGAACACCUUCCCACCGUCUCGAGGGCAUGGCCCGCAAUGAACAUGCUCGCUACAUGGCACAGGUGAUCAUGGCAGUCUUUGGUCUGAGUCAUACCUAUAAUACUCGCGUCGGAAAUGACUUCAUUCGUGGAGUAUCUGGUGGUGAACGAAAAAGAGUUAGCAUUGCCGAGAUGGCACUUGCUGCCUCUCCUCUAGGCGCUUGGGAUAAUUCCACGCGUGGAUUGGACUCUGCGACCGCUUUGAAGUUUGUCGAGUCACUCCGCUUGUUUUCGGACCUGACCGAAUCCUCUCACGCCGUGGCUGCCUACCAGGCCAGUCAAAGCAUCUAUGAUGUCUUUGAUAAAGUGAUUGUUCUAUAUGAAGGACGAAUGGUUUUCUUUGGCUCCGCUGCCGCUGCCAAAUUAUACUUUGAAAAUCAAGGCUGGCAUUGCCCACCGCGACAGACCACCGGAGAUUUUCUCACUUCGGUGACCAACCCUGGAGAACGUAAGGCCAAGCUGACGAUGGAAAGCCGUGUGCCUCGCACAGCUGAGGAUUUUGAGAACGCGUGGCUCAAUUCUGUCGAGCACGACAGGUUGCAAGCCGAGAUUGGUGCAUACGAAGCGCAAUAUCCCGUCGAGCAGGAUUCCGCUGCUGCAGUGGAGUUCCAGGAAAGGAAGCGUGACAACCAAGCCAAGCACACUCGACCAAAGUCACCUUAUAUCAUCAGUGUCCCGAUGCAAAUCAAACUCAGCACAAGACGUGCCUACCAAGGACUGUGGAAUGAUGCUGCUGCGACCGUUUCGACUGUUGUUAGCAAUAUCAUCAUGGCUUUGAUCAUCGGAUCAGUAUUCUAUGACGCUCCGGCUACCACCGCGGGCUUUCAGGAAAAAGGAGCUACUCUCUUCUUUGCGGUUCUUCUGAACGCCCUGACUGCCAUGUCUGAAAUCAACGCACUCUAUUCUCAACGGCCGAUCGUAGAAAAGCAUAAUUCAUAUGCGUUCUACCAUCCGUUCACAGAAGCCAUUGCCGGUGUUCUUACCGAUGUGCCUGUCAAAUUCGCUCUUGCAGUGGCUUUCAACAUCAUCCUCUAUUUCCUUUCCGGCCUGCAGCGAGAACCUGGAAACUUUUUCCUCUACUUUCUGAUCACCUUUACCAUUAUGUUCGUCAUGUCUGCCGUCUUCAGGACUCUGGCUGCUGUCACAAAGACUGUGUCUCAAGCGAUGGCUUUGGCCGGAGUCACGAUUCUCGCUCUGAUCGUCUAUACGGGCUUUGUCUUGCCGCGCCCGUCCAUGCAUCCCUGGUUUGAAUGGAUCCACUACCUGAACCCUAUAUAUUACGCCUUUGAGAUCUUGAUCGCCAACGAGUUCCAUGGACGGGAUUUCCCAUGCUCGGCGUUUGUCCCUUCAUAUGCGGAUAGGACUGGCAAGUCUUUUUCUUGCGCUACCACGGGCUCCUUGGCAGGCAACUUGACGGUCAAUGGCGAUCGCUAUAUCUGGGAGAAUUACCGGUAUAGCUUUAGCCAUGUCUGGAGAAACUUUGGCAUCCUCGUUGCCUUCUUGAUCGGCUUUAUGGCCAUUUAUUUUGUGGCCUGUGAAUUGAACUCUUCUACCACGAGCACUGCUGACAAAUUGGUUUUCCGACGUGGCUAUGAACCCGCAAACAUGCGUUGGGGUCGCGUGAAGUCUGAUUCUGAUGUGGAACGCACCGAAGAUGCGCCCGUGGGGCGAUGCACAUCGGAUGAAAAAAGCGAUAGCGGUAUGGGUGCUAUUCAAGCACAGACUGAUGUCUUCACCUGGCGUGAUGUUUCUUACGACAUUGAAAUUAAGGGCGAGUCUCGAAAGCUUCUGGAUCAUGUUUCUGGAUGGGUGAAGCCCGGAACACUCACUGCGUUGAUGGGAGUCAGUGGAGCAGGCAAAACUACCCUUUUGGAUGUCCUGGCUCAUCGAACUUCCGUUGGUGUUGUGACUGGAAAUAUGUUUGUCAAUGGAAAUAGCCUUGAUGCUAGUUUCCAGCGCAAGACGGGCUAUGUUCAGCAGCAGGAUCUUCACCUUGAAACUGCUACAGUUCGCGAGUCUUUGCAGUUCAGUGCUCUUUUGCGUCAACCAGCUAGUGUCACCGUCAAAGAAAAGUAUGCAUAUGUGGAAGAUGUCAUUCGAAUGCUUCAGAUGGAGGAAUUUGCUGAAGCAAUUGUUGGUGUGCCUGGGGAGGGUUUGAAUGUCGAGCAAAGAAAGCUCUUGACUAUUGGAGUGGAAUUGGCUGCGAAACCAAAACUUCUUCUCUUCUUGGAUGAGCCCACGAGUGGUCUUGACUCCCAGAGUUCUUGGGCAAUCUGCUCUUUCCUCCGCCGCUUGGCUUCACACGGACAAGCUAUCUUGUGCACAAUCCACCAGCCUUCGGCUAUUCUGUUCCAGGAGUUUGACCAACUGAUCUUCCUAGCACGUGGUGGAAAGACCGUUUACUUUGGACCAAUUGGCGAACAAUCCCGCACCUUGCUGGAUUACUUCGAGUCUAAUGGCGCACGAACAUGUGGAAGUAGCGAGAACCCGGCGGAAUAUAUGCUCGACGUCGUGAACAAAGCGAACAAUUCACGAGGCGAAGACUGGUUUGAGGUUUGGAAGAAGAGCCAAGAGAGCAACGCUGUCCAAACCGAGAUUGAUCGCAUUCACAAAGAGCGCCAAGGGGCGACUACUACUGACGAUGCCAGCGUUCGUCAGUUUGAAUUCGCUAUGCCAUUCUGGUUCCAACUGUGGCAGGUCAGCUAUCGCGUGUUCCAGCAAUAUUGGCGCAUGCCUUCUUAUAUCAUGUCUAAAUGGGGACUUGGUAUUGCUGCUGGUCUCUUCAUUGGAUUUUCUUUCUAUCAGGCCAAAACAUCAUUUCAGGGCAUGCAGACUAUCAUCUACUCUGUUUUCAUGCUUUGCACGAUUUUCACUUCUCUGGUUCAACAGUUGAUGCCCCUCUUCGUGACCCAGCGAUCGCUCUAUGAGGUCCGAGAACGACCCAGCAAGGCAUACUCCUGGAAAGCCUUUCUAUUCGCCAAUGUCAUCGUCGAGAUACCAUAUAUGAUUAUUACAGGGGUUCUCAUCUACGUCUGUUACUUUUACGCCGUUGUCGGCAUCCCAAGCUCAGUGAGCCAGGUUACCGUCCUUCUACUUUGCAUCCAAUUUUUUAUUUACGCCAGCACAUUUGCACAGAUGGUUAUUGCAGCUUUGCCCGAUGCCCAAACUGCAGGUGCCAUCGUCGUCCUUCUUUUCGCCAUGUCCCUUACCUUCUGCGGAGUCAUGCAGCCGCCUGCCGCUUUACCGGGUUUCUGGAUUUUUAUGUACCGCGUCUCUCCAUUCACUUACUGGACUGGAGCCAUGGUCUCUACCCAAGUUCACGGGCGUCAGGUCGUGUGCUCUUCGGCAGAGCUCUCCGUUUUCGAUCCGCCUUCUGGGCAGACUUGCUGGGACUAUCUCAAAGAUUAUGCCAUCCAGGCUGGAGGACAGGUCCUCAACAAGAACGCUACUUCGGGCUGUGAGUACUGUGCUCUCACUGUUGCGGAUCAGUAUCUUGCGACUUCGGGUAUCUUUUAUGACCAGAGAUGGCGUAACUUUGGCAUCGUUUGGGCAUUCAUUGCUUUUAAUAUCUUCAUGACUACGCUGCUCUAUUACCUUUUUCGUGUUAAGAGCUGGCGCAUAGACGGUAUGAAGCUCAAGUUUGCACGCUUUGUGCCGUCAAAGGCUUUCAGAACCAGCCAGUGA